AUGGAAAACCAGGACAAAAUGCCAACUUCAGAAGAAUAUGCGCAUGGGGACAAUAUAGCAAAGACCCUAAGAGGAUCUCAGAAAAGGCCACGUGAACCAGAAGAAACAGCCAGUGAGCCCAUGAACUGCAAAGUGGAUUUUGAGGUGCCAAACAGAGAGCAACCGGGCUUUCUACCCACUACAGGGAGCCGGCGGGUCCGGCUGGUGAACGGGACUGGGCGCUGUGCUGGGAGAGUGGAGCUCUACUACCAGGGCACCUGGGGGACUGUGUGUGACGAUGGCUGGGACCUGUCUGAUGCCGCCGUCGUUUGCCACCAGCUGGGCUGUGGAGGGGCGGUGGAGGCGGCUGGCUCUGCUCGGUUUGGGGAAGGCUCUGGGCAGAUCUGGCUGGAUGGCGUGAACUGCUCUGGGGCCGAAGCUGCUCUCUGGGACUGCCCUGCUGGGCCCUGGGGGCAGCACGACUGCGGGCACAAGGAGGACGCGGGAGUCAUCUGCUCAGGUGUAGUUCGUGCCCUGAGGCUGGAGAACAGCGACGGCUGCUCUGGGCGCCUGCAGGUUUUCUAAGGGACAUGGGGGAGCAUUUGCUCCAACUCGAUGACUCUUGACACGGUGUCGCUGGCAUAGGAGCUGGGCUGCGGGGAUGGAGGAUCCCUGGAAACACGCCUGCCCUACGGCAGGGUGUCUGGCCCUGCCUGGCUGGAUAACGUGCAGUGUGGGGAGAAAACCAGCUCCUUCUGGCAGUGUCCCUCCACUCCCUGGAACCCGCAGUCAUGUGAAGACCUGCGAGAUGAGAUCCACAUCACCUGCAAUGAUCUUACUCGAGGCCGUCUGACUGGCAGCGGGAGAGUCUCAGUGCCCGUCAUCAUCUGCAUCAUCCUGGGGGCCCUUCUCUGCCUGCUCCUGGCCCUCCUGGCCGGGCAAGUGCUAAGCACCAGGACUGGGCGCAGAGGCUCCAGGAGAGCUCAGGAGCUCUUCCCCGAGGCCGUGUACGAGGAGAUCGGUUACAGCCCAGCGUGGGAGAAGCAGGCGAGGUUUGGUCGCUCAGAUGUUCUUGUCCUGGUCGCAGGUGAGCCAGCGGAUGGCUAUGAUGAUGCCAGGGAGGUUUCUGACCCUGGAGAGGAUGCUGCCCCUGAGCAGGAUUUCUUCUUAUUAAAAGUCUCUGAGGGCUUUGACCCACAGCUGGUGCUUGCCUGCCCAGGUUUUGGGGUGUCUCCCUGA